UAGCUAGAUUGUGUCAGUUUGUCAUCCAACACCAUGCAACACUCAUGCAAAUAUUCCUACGUCCACCUCAGCUUCUCGGUUUUCGUCUUCCUCAAUUAUCUAACAAUCAUAACCAGCAAUCCCUUCUCUCCAGAUUACUUCCCCAUUCCUAAUUUGGCGCUUAAUUGCGGUUCCUCUGCCAUAUCAACUGAUCCAGAUGGCAGGGAGUGGAUAGGAGAUAUUGGCUCACAAUUCUUUUCCCCGCAACAAUCUAAGGAUAGCUCAGUAGUCUCAAAUUUCAUCUCUCAAGAGCCAUCUUUCAAUCGUAUCCCUUACAUUACUACUCGGAUCUUUGUUUCUCAAUUCACUUACACGUUUCGUAUCAGUCCGGGCCCAAAAUUCAUACGCCUCCACUUCCGUCCAGCUAAAUACCAAAGUUUGGGAAGGUCUAAGGACUACUUCACUGUUACUGCUGGUCCUUUCACCCUCCUUAGGAAUUUCAGCGCUUCCCUUACUGCAGAUUUUCUAGGCUCAAAGUUUUUGGUCAAAGAGUUCAGCGUAAACUUGGAAAAGCAUAGGAGCCUGAAAAUAACUUUUACUCCGUCUAAAGAUGCCUCACAUGAUGCGUAUGCGUUUAUAAAUGGGAUUGAGAUCGUCUCGAUGCCCACUGGCCUUGAUUACCCUCGUUUUGGAAAUAAAGGUGCCGGCCGUAGAUCUGUUUUCCUUGUCAAAAAGAAUACCGGUCUUGAGAGUACCGGACCCCAGCCCAAAGAUUCAUUACACCGGCCUCCUGCCCCAAACCCCACAAUCUACACCAAGCACAAAAAGACAUUAUUGCUCCUUACCAUUGUUGGUGUUGCCCUGGGUGUCGCAACCAUUUUCUUUCUCUUGGGCUUAAAAAUAUUCUUGCAGAGGAAGAAAGUAAAGACCAACAAUAUCAAAACAUCACCACCUCUUGAAGGAUUGUGCCGUCGCUUCACAGUGGAGGAGAUUCGUGCUGCCACAAACAACUUUGCAAGGAAUCGUAUCAUUGGAAGAGGAGGUUGUGGUCAGGUGUUCAAAGGCUACAUCGAUGGGGGACGCACCCCAGUUGCCAUCAAGAUCUUCGGGCCAGCUUCGACGCAAGGGUACCAUGAGUUUAGAACCGAGAUCGAAAUGCUAUCAAAGCUCCGUCACCCCCACCUGGUCUCUUUGAUCGGUUACUGCGACGACGAACGGUCCAUGAUCAUUGUGUACGACUUCAUGGCUCAUAAAACGCUCCGCCAUCAUCUUUACAACACGGAUGAUCCUCCAUUGUCUUGGAAGCAGAGGCUGGAGAUUUGCAUCGGUACUGCUAGAGGGCUAACGUACCUCCACGAAGGUGUGGAACCCACGAUAAUCCACCGCGACGUCAAGACCAGCAAUAUUCUUUUGGACAAGGACUGGGUGGCCAAGGUUUCGGACUUUGGGCUUUCCAGGCUGGGCCCAACAAGCUUGUCCAAAAGCCAUGUCACCACGAAGGUGAGGGGCACGUUCGGGUAUUUGGACCCGAACUAUUACUUGACCUGUCAUCUAACGGUGAAGUCCGAUGUUUACGGGUUUGGGGUGGUGUUAUUCGAGGUGUUGUGUGCCAGGCCAGCAGUGGAUACUGGGCUAGACGAGGAGCAACACAGUUUGGCCCAAUGGGCCAGGCGUUGUUUCAAAGAGGGUACGGUUGAUCAGAUCAUUGAUAGCCGUCUGAUGGGUAUGAUUGCCCCAGAGUGCUUGAAGGUGUAUACAAACAUAGCGUAUAGAUGUUUGUGUGAAAAAAGAAAUCAACGGCCCACGAUGGCAGAGGUGUUGAGGGCCCUUGAGGUUGCGAGGGAAUUGCAGGAGAUUACCGAUGGUGGGGGUGUGGCUCAGAGGAUCGUGAUAGACGAGGAAGUUCCACUGUGCGGGGGAGGAAAUCUGGUGGUAGCUGAAACAGGGAACAAUGGAGAUCUGGUGCAUUCGUGUCCAACGUUUUGGAAGAAAAGUGCAUCUCGAAAGGAGCUGCUUAGAUUUUUGAGUGACAAGGCGGGGCUUAAAUGGGUGAGACGGCCAAACCCACGUUGUGUCAAGGGAUGUCGUCUGGUGAGUCCAGAGUAUGCUGCCUUGCCACGUGUCCAAGUGAAAUUACCUGAUUUGAGUUGCAGCGGGCCACAUACGACACCGGAGAAGAUUUUAAUUGAGAUCACCAACAUUGAAGGACAAUAAUUGUUCAUUCCCAACCCAGAAAUGAGAGAGAGAGAGAAAAGACAAGUGGGUUUAGUUUAUAAUAUUUUGAGCAAUUAUGUUAAUUGGUUGACGAAGACUCAUAAAGGAAAUGGAAAUGUUGAUGUCCUAACGUCAUAGAAAAGAUGGAUGGGGUUGUUAUUAAAGGUGUGGUGUUAUUUGGUUGGAAGGUAUCCCCAGCAGAAAAGGUGCCA